CCCAACCACCGCCUCCAGCGGAAGCUGCCGCUGGAAUCCAUCCAGGUGGUGCUGGAGGAGCUCCGCAAGAACGGGAACCUGGAAUGGUUAGAUAAGAACAAAACCAGCUUUCUGAUCAUGUGGAAGAGGCCGGAAGAGUGGGGAAAGCUCAUCUAUCAAUGGGUGUCAAGGAACGGCCUGACGAACUCUGUGUUCACACUGUAUGAACUGGCCAGUGGAGAUGACACUGAGAAUGAAGAGUUUCACGGCUUGGAUGAGGCUACGCUGCUCCGUGCCCUGCAAGCCUUGCAGCAGGAGCACAAGGCUGAAAUUAUCACGCUGGAUGAUGGCCGAGGUGUCAAGUUCUUCUGAUAGGAGCCUCCUCCCCUUCCCUGCUGCAGUCUCAGGUCUCACUGCCAAGUGUUGCUCUCUGGGCCUGGCUUCAAACUGUGACUGCAAGUAGCUGCAUCUCGGGAUUUCUUGGGGCAAGAUGAGUCUGCAAAUUCUUCCAAAGACUUAGGAAUAUCCUGAGAUCCUCUGUCUGUCUGUUCUCCCUGUUGAUGUGUUUGAGAGGCUAAAGCUGCUCUAGGCAGUUCUGAGAGGGACCACCCAGAAGUGAAACUGGACUGCUGCUGGUUCCUGUGAUGGCCUCAAAGCAGUCCCAGCUGGCUGGCCAAGCUUGGCCUAAAAGAGCCCCCCUGUAUCCCUGCCAGCCACGUGCCUGGGUCCUGCAGUCCUGUUGCAGUGCCAGGGGCUGAGGCAGGAGGAGGGUACUGGUCAUUGUUGCUAUGCUGUGGAAACCCUCAGUGGCAGAAGGAAAUGCCCUUGCUGCCAAGCAGGCUGGGGGAAGCCAGGGAAUUAAUUUCAAGUGAUUAAAAUGAGAUGUAUUUAUAGAGCAACCUGGCUGUUUUCAUCUAUCUUUAUUUUUCCAUCAGAGGCAAAACAGAGCAGUGUACCAGAUUUCUGCCCUUCAGUCAUAUUUCCUCGCUGCCUCAGGGAAGUGCAGUGGUUCCAGGGUGGGAAGCAGCAGCACAAGUGGGUUUCUCCACUUGGCAGAGUUGUGGCCUGUGGGGGCCCUUGCUGCCCUUCUCAAUGUUUACUUUAAAUUUGCAUGUGCAGCCUCCUGGAAGCCCCUGGGUUUGUGCAGAGGUGAUGAGGUAAGCUCUGUACCACUGUGGCUGGGAGAGGCAUGACUCAGCUUUGGGCUGUCAGUGCUGAUAACAAAAUCCCCAACUUGUCAGAAACUGUGGCCCAGGUGCAGUCACUGACCCUGUCAGUCCUGGGGAAGCAGAUGGUUGUGUUGGGGCAGGAUCACCUUUCCCUGAUCAGUGUGUGCAUGUCACUGGCAGAGGUUGGGGGCAGUGCUGGAGUGACUUCAGGUCAGAGCAAUGUGGUCAGUCUGGGGGUCCAGCAGAGCAGAUGAUGCUUGCACCCCACUGUCUGCCACUGUCUGACAUCCCCUGCCCUUGGGAACAACCUGGCACUGGCUCACCUGCUCCUGACAGCUGAUGUCAGCAUUGAGGAAUUCUCAGUGUAGGCAAGAUACUGGAGUCUAGGGGCUGUGAAAUGUAAAAAUUUGUUUUGUAGCAGGUGCCCAUUGACCUGAACUUGGUGGGAUAUGCUGCCCUGGUGUGGGCACAUUGCUCUGGAACUGUGGCUGGAGCCCAGGCUUCCUCUCCAUUCCAGGCUCAGCAAUGCUGUGGAGGAAUUCCUGAGUGCCAGCACUUCUCUGCUGACAGGAAUGCCAGGCAGAGGCACCAGGAAUGCUUGUGAGAGUCACUGACACAAUGAGCUGGUGUGGUCUCCUCUCUGAGGACCAUCACCCCUGUGAGCUCUGUCAUGGUCCUGCCAGAGAUGGUGCUGAGCAAACCCAGCAGCAAAGGCUGUGCCGUGGCAUGUGCCAUGAGCCCUGCAGUGCAUCUGUCCCCACAACUGGCAUAGGCUCUGCCCAGCCCAGAACUCUGCUUGAUCAGAGAUCAUCCCUCUAUGUUUGCAGCCACCAAAGUCUCUCUGUAGGAUUCAUGUGCUCCCAAUGUCUGCCCUGUGCUUGUUUCCAUGUCCAGGAUCUGCCUCUGCCUUCCUCCCUAUGCCACCUGCAUUGCCCCUGCCCUCUGUGGUUGCUCUGUCUGCCCUGCUGCUCUUGUACCCGUGCAGAGAGCAGGGUGCUGUGCCUGAAGGUGUCUGUAUUUGAUCCCAAACAAAGCCUUCAGCAGCCAGGAGUGUCUGUUCCUGCUGCCUGUGUGCAUGAUGCCGACCUCCCAGCACUGUGUUCCAGGCUGGGAGUGCCGUAGGUAACCUGGCUGUCCUUGAGGGAGUCUGUGUUCUUAAUUAAAUUUGCUGCCUUCUUAGGAAAUGGCUGAUGUGACAUUAGAUAAGCCUAAACCCAGCUUUUCGUUCCAAGGCGCUCCUGGCAGCAAUUCCCUUCUCUUUUUCAGCUUCCUAUUUAGUUGCUUACUCAGUGAGGGGGGGAGGAGGAGGAGGAAGAGAACGAAACCCUCUGGGCCGGUUACCAUCUAGCUGUGCCUGUGAGGACCCUGUGGGACCAGCUUCCCAGGGCUGGGCAGUGCUGCUGCAGAAGUGCCACUGCUGAGUCCGAGGUGUCACUGCUGAGGCUGUGGGAUGGGUUCUGGGAGUGGCAGAGCCACUGUCAGCUCGUGCUGCUGCCGUGGAGGGAGAAGAUGUUCCUCUGUGGAGGUGCUGUCCUGACCAGCCACACAGCCCUGGGGAGGUACUUGCUGGAGGAGGUGGCUCAGGAUGUUUUUGGAUGGGGAGGUGGCUGACACAACCCCCUCCUCCAGCCUGUGGCCCCUCAGAGGCCCUUGCCAUGUCUGGCCAUGGUGAUUAGGGCUCACUGGCCGGGGCGAGGCAGAGCUCAGAGGGGCUGGGGCUGAGAUAAGGCGCUAUCAGGCUGGGCACGCUCGGAUCCCACUAGUCAAGGAGGAAAGAUUCCAAGAGAGGUUUUACUUUAUGCAGCUGCUUAGGAGCAAGAACUGUUUCAGUUUGAUGACUUUAUAUGUUGGGAUAAAUGUGCAGGUGGGUCCCACCUGUGCCUCUGGGCUGAGGAAAUCCUGUGCGGUGAUCUGGCCAGGAUUACAGCCACAGCUGAAGUUUGGGUGCCCUCUCUGCCUCCCUGAAUUCACGUGAGUUAGGGUGAGAGACACAGAAGGUCCCAUGGGUAUGGGGUGGUGAAGCCAAUUGUGAAACAAGCCCUGAGCGUCUCUGGAGCUUCCUGGGACAGGCACCCUGUGCUGUACCAUCCCAGAUGUGCAUCCCUCUCAUCCAGACCCAUCCUGGCCCCUCUGUGAUCCUGCCCAAAACUCUGGGAUCAGAACAGACAAUUCCUGGCAGGGCUUUUUGGAGCCUGGAGCUGAGCAGGGCUUUGAUUCAUGAUCUAAUUCUGAGGAGAGUGAUUACACAGUCCCCUGUACUCUUUCUGGCAGCCAGAUGCAGGCGAGAAAUGGGUUAUGUUCCCUGAUUGUGGCGGUUCCUCAAAGCAAAGGCUGGCACUGGCACCUGCAGCCCAGAAAUGUCACCCUGAUAACGCUGGGGAGCUGCAGUGGGCGCCUGAUUGUGGAAAAGGAGCCUUCUGGUUUCAGGCCAAGCUGGCUGCAGAUUGGUGUUCCUGGCCAGGUCAGAAGACCUGUUCCCCUACCUGAGCUGCUUCCCUCCUAUCAAGUUCUCAUGUGGAGUGGCAUUUGGGGGGAUCAUUUAGGGAAUUUCUCAGACCUCUCACAAGGAAGGUGUGGGAGGGGACAGUUGGAGCCAACUUCACCCUUAAUUUCCUCUCCUGUCUGCAGGGGCCUCACUGGACUGAGAUACUCCCCUGCUCCUCUGGGAUCUUCCAAGGCAUCUCAUUUCAUGAUGGAAACCCUUGAUAAGGAGACAUGAACCUGCCAGGGACCAAGCUGAGAUCCCUACCUGGCUCUCUGACUCUUGUUGGAGAGCUGGGGCUCCCUGCCAGUCUGGGCUGUGCUCCUGGGCCUGGACAGUGCAUGGGCCCUGGCAGGGACCCCCUGUGGGGGCAGCCACAGAGUCAACCUGCACGGCCUCGGGCAAUGCUGAGAAGUGGGCAGGUUCUGGGCAAGGCUCACCUGAACAAAGAUCGUUGUUGAACAGAGCUGAGUCAAACCAUGUUGCAUCUCACAACCUGAGAAUCACCCAUGGCAGGGCCAUUGCAGGAACUGCACCUGUGGCCUGUCAGUCUUGGCCUUUUGGCUCCAGUGGCCAUGGGCACCCAGUGCCCCAGCAGCAGGCAGAGCCGUGCAGGGCUGGUGCUGCACAUGGUGUUCUGCCAGCACUGCUUGUUCACCUGGGACCAUGCCCCUCAUGCUCCAAGGAGUGCAGGACUGACUGGGAUGUCGUUGCUGCUGCUUGCUCACCGGCCAGUGCUGCUCGAGCAGCUCUUGGCAGGGAGGCAUCCCUCAAACUGUUGGGAAGGAGGUACCUGGCUCCUCUGGUGCUGGAGAGGGAGCUUCAGGCAGAAAGAGCUGGAUCAGGUGGGGGUAGCAGAGCAGUGAUCAGCACUGUGACACAGGCCGGCCAGGAACAUUUCAUUAAACGCUUGUCCCUCCCUCCUGCCAGCGGGGAUUUGUGGGGAGCAGCCGUGCGGGACGUGGCCACAGCCGAACUGCAGGUCAGCAGCCCCAAUCACCCGGCGUCACCCUGCGGGUGCCAGGUUGGCGUUUAGGAGACCGUGACUGUGUUCCCUUGUCGAUCCACUCCUUAAUGUUUCCGGUAUCGUUGAGUAGAAACAAUCUGACCUCAGGGAAAAGAAAUUAGCGGUGGCCUCAAUUGCUUUGUGUUUUGUGUAAACAGCCUCACCGGCAGAACAACCUUCUCCUUCAGCUUGGAAAGACAACACGCUCUUGUCCGGCUGUUGGCUCCCGCGGGGCUGACACACACCUUCGACUCUUCCUAUUUGCGU